UGCUCGCUUGUGACACGUUUAGAAGCCACUACAGCCAUGAAGGUAGCCCUCGUCCUGCUGAUCUCUGGCGUGUUGCUUGUAGCGUACUGCACGCCACUAGCUGCUGCAGACGAUGAAGUGGGGGAAGAUGACUACGAAAGCUUAGAAGAAUACGAGGGCGACGACUGCGCUGAUGAGGAGGGUCUAAGUGGAGAGAGCAGGCAGGCAGCCAAAGGUGCACACGCCCGGGCUGGCCACGCGAAACACGCGCGUGCAGGCAGCCGACACGCUGCGAGCAGAGCUGCAAACAGGCCCCACGCCAGGUCAGGCGCCGCCCGCAGAGCCGCCCACAAGUUGUAGCCGCCGCCGCUGAGGGGCCGCCACACCGUGGAGGCGCAGUCUGGAGCUGCUCACACUGUCCUGUACCCUGCACUGAUAUGGCAUAAAUAAAGCACCACUGCACUUUGCAGCAAA